CUUUUUUCCCGUACGGAACUGAAAGGGGGGAUGAGAAGUUGAACCUAAAAUGGAACGCUUUGAGCGAGACUAUUUAUUUCAGUAAUGGCGUACCAUUCGGACCUAAGAUCAUGAGUUAUGCCCAUGUAAGUAAUGUAACUACGUAACAUACGCAGUGAUGAAACCAGGAUAGAAAUGUAACAGGAGAUGUGAGUAAAAAGAAGGGGGUGGGGGUCCGAUUGGCAUACGUUCAAAUAUACACAUCAUAUUUCAUUGUCAUCUUUUAUGAAUGCUUUGCUGAUCUGCCGAAAGAAACUGAUGAGAAAACUCAUUGCAAAUAUAAAUAUGGCGAUGGCGAUAUAUAAAUAUAAAUGCAGUAAUCAGUUGUGUUAGGGCAAGAAAGUUUUAAUUAUAUUAUUUUGUUAUGCAAUGUGUUGAUUUACCAGUUUUAGUUUUAUAAUUUUAAUUAUCUGUUGUUUUAUGUUACUCUGGUCUGGAGAGAGUUUUUUGUUAACCGUAUGUCGUAUGUGUUACAAUACGUUAUAUUAAUCUAAUAUAUAAAUAUGUUGGGGCAAAACAAUUAAAUAAAAAUAUUUAUUGUUGGACAAGACAGUCAUAUUCAUAUAUUAAUCUGGUUGGUAUUGAAUCUUGGCUGGAUAGUAAUAAAGGAUAUAUUGUUCCAUUGAAUAUUUAAAGGUAUCAGCGAACGGUGCACUGACUUUUGAGGAACCAAGGAAUCCUUACUACCCUGAUCUCCAUUAUGCUUUUUCCCGGGGUCAGAAUGUGUUGGCUCCAUUUUGGAGUUAUGUUGAUUCUUUCAAAGACAAUCAAUAUGUGUAUUAUCAUCUGUACGAGGAGGUCCGAAUAUCUGGGACAUAUUUCUAUUCAGUAGAUCGUACUGCAGUUUUACAAAAGGCAACACAGCAGGUCUGUACUUUUGCACAUCUUUGAAGUUAAUAAAUAAGUUAUGAAGUAAGUUUUUAAAAAACAACUUCAUUUGUUUAUCAAAUUUCAGUUAAACACGACAAUCGGGCCAUGAUGUUAUUUACGUGUUUAUGUAAAGUUUCUGGGUUGGAUUCACUCCCCUUCUUUUAAAAACUUAGUAGGCCUACUUGGUAAAAUAAAUGAAGAUAAUAAAAUAAACAAUUUGAAAGAUGCAUUCAUUCUCCAAUUCAUUUAGUGAUUCAGCUAAUUCAUUCUGGUUUGUAGAUUUUUUACUUUUUAAACUUUAAUAACUCCAGGUUCAAGAAUUUUAUGAGCCAGCCAGGAGUGACAACUUUAAAGCUACAACUGUACUUAUUGUGACCUGGGUGAACUUGCAGCCUCAUGCUUCAUGGUACUCAGAGCAGAACAACGGACAGGUGAGUUCAGAUUUAACAAUAUCACCACACAUUGAGACAAAACAUGCUGAGCUAGGAUAAGGUGUAGGCAUGUUGAAUUGCAGGAAGUCUUUUCACCAUUAUACACAGGCCGUCUACAGGACUACCAACGCUUUGGCUUUUAGUAGGCCUAUUGACUAUUGCUCUACAAACUUGUCAAAUGCUGUGAAUUUAUUAAAAUGUGUUCAAUAUAAUUAUGGUCUCUGUUCUUUUUAUUAUUAAGACUUUGGUUGUUAAUAGUCUGCUUAUUUCUUGGGAGGAUUAGAGGUUUAAGAAUGUUUGUUUUUGCUUUUCAUUGAAUGUCAUGAUCUGCCCAUAUUUUAAACUUAGCUUUGUCCCCAUAAUUUCUCAUAAGAGUUGUACUUUUUAAAAAAAAUUAUUAAGUAGCACUCAGAACAGAAGAAUAAUUGAAGCCAACAUAUAUAUAUCAUUCCAUCCAAUUUUCUUAUUUUAGAUUCAAGAGACCAACACAUUUCAAGUUAUCUAUGCAACCAACGGGGAAAAGGCAUAUGCCAUCACCAUCUACAAGAAGGAUGGGAUGAACUGGCAGCAUGUUCCAGACAGAGUGGUUGCCAUUGGAUUUGCUCACGAGGAGAAUGUUGUAGCCCUUAGUACAACAUCUUCAUUAUUUACAACUGAAAUAGGGAAAGUUAAGGGCACUGCAGGUCAGUUGGAUAUUACAUUGUCAAUGGAAUAUUAAACAAAAUUUAGUUCAUAACAAUAAGAUUUUAUAAUGUUAAUGAAAAAAUGUAAAUUUUCAUUGGGUUCAUGAGAUUUUCCAAAUAACAACGCAACACAAACAUAUCAUUAACAUUUUAAAUGACAAUACAGUAAGAUUAAUAUAUUAUCAUCUUCAUAAAAAGACAAGGAAAAGACAUAGAAAGUGUUUCUCAAAGUCAUGCCCUGCAAGAGGCGGAGUAUUUAAGAAGAUGGAAAGUUAUCAAAUAUUAAAUAAAUGUAGAACUGGUUCCUGUUGCAAUGGGGAUAAGUUCUUGUUAUCCAUCAUCCUGAAAAGUUUGAGAUAGCUUUAAGAGGUCAAGCGAUAGAAAGACAACACUCACCUCAAGUAAUGUGAUCAUUUUGCUUUAAAACUUUUACGAAGAGGGGUUUGAAAAACAAAAUUUUGACAAAAGUAUAUAUAUUUGACCAUUAAGUAUAAAUAUAUGCAAACAAUAUUAUGUGCAUUGAAAAGAUAUGCACUCAAUAUUAUGCAUAUUGUACAUAUAUGAACACAAUAUUAUGUGCAUUGAAAAUAUAUGCACACAAAAAUUUAUGCAUAAAAUAUUAUGUGCAUUGAAAAUAAAUGCACAAAAAGUUAUGUAUAUUGUAAUUAUAUGCAUAUAAUAUUAUUUAAAUUAUAAAUAAAUGCUCACAAUAUUAUGUAUUUUGUAUUUAUAUGAAUAUAAUAUUAAGUAAAUUGUAAUUAUAUGCAUAUAAUAUUAAGUACAUGUAAAUAUAUGCAUAUAAUAUUAUGUACAUUGUAAUUAUAUGCACACUGCAUUAUGUACAUUGUAAAUAUAUGUACAAGUAUUAUGUACAUUUAUGGAGAAUUAAUAACAAGAUAUUGUUAAACUGCUUAUAAAGUUAUACCAAAUAUGUGAUGGCUCUAAUGCAUUUCCAGGUCGAAUAGGAACUUACAUCGUCAAGGUUGGUGAGGCAUCCAACCCAGCACAGAUGUGCUCCACCUUCUACCAGCAGAACUGGGGCAAGCUGGACACCGCCCAUAUCAACCAGUUGCCUCAGUGCCCAUGUACAAUGGAUAGACUGGGGCGACAGUGGUGGCUGGUAGAAAGAAGGGGAGUGAACCAUAGUAUUUACUGCUAUGCUAUUACAUCCGUUUACAUGAGCCGGAACUUUCCUGGAAACCCUCUAAACAAAGUGAGUCCAAUUGUAAACAUUGAUUUAUCCACGGAACUCUCUGGGCCAAACUUGAUGCAGUAUUGGUUUGUCAACAUAGAGGUAGUACAUAUCACAUGCAGAUUAUUUAAUCGUAUGGUACUUAAAUAUAUAAGGGAUAAAUCAAGAUAAUAAUUAAAUUAUUGCUACUAAACAAAAUAUUUUAAAAAAACAUUAUUUUUAUCUGCAUUAAUUGUUCCAUAUUUUUAAAACCUGAGUUAGCAAACUAAAAAAAAAAUUUGUACAGUGACCAGAAAAUUUUUAUUCUUUAUAGACCACCACUAAUAUAAAAACAAUGAAAAGAAAUAAAAAUUUUGGGGAAAAAUUGCAGAAAUGAAAAUGUGUGUAGUGUGUAUUGGCAAGAUAAAAUUCAUUAACUCAAAUUAUUCUUGGCUUAAUUUACAACUUAUAUCAUUUAUGAAAUAAUGCAAUCUACAACUUAAUUUUUUAAAAUUAUUUUCAAGCGUAUCAGCUCAAUAUUGUUAUAGAAUAAGCAACUUAAAAUGUAAUGUGUCUUUUAAAGGUUAAUAAAAUUGCUUUUAUGAGAAUGAUAGGAAAAUUAAAUUUGUGUUUAUGUUUUCAAUAUUUCUUAAAGAUACAAAAAUUGUAAAAAAAAAAAAAAAAAUUUUUUAAAAUUCUCUUCCCCACAGUUGUGUUGUUAUUUGUUCAGACAGCCGACCGGUGGCUGGAACAAUUGGUUGGCAGCCUGGCGGCAGUAAUAAGCAACUUAAAAUGUAAUGUGUUUUUUAAAGGUUAAUAAAAUUGUUUUUAUGAGAAUGAAAGGAAAAUUAAAUUUGUGUUUAUGUUUUAAAUAUUUCUUAAAAAAAAAAAAAUUGUAAAAAAAAAAAAAAAAAUUUUUUAAAAUUCUCUUCCCCACAGUUGUGUUGUUAUUUGUUCAGACAGCCGACCGGUGGCUGGAACAAUUGGUUGGCAGCCUGGCGGCAGGCGACAUACAUUACAGGUACACUUGAAGCUGGCCAUGUCCUAACCCGGGACCCUUUCAGAGAUCCCCGCAGGUCACAGGAGGAGGACUUCAACCCUAAAAACUGGUGCUGUAGAGAUGCCAGCAGAGCUCACUGCGACCGGUUUAAUGAAGUCAGGCCGGAUCAAGGCUGUUCAUCGUAUUCCAACUUUGUUACAGGUAUAACAAUUUUGUAUUUGACCAUUAAGAUGGGUUCGAUAAAGUCCAUGAGCUUUCCUACCCACCCCACAACCCUUCUUCAUCCACCCAUGUAUGUAAUUUUACUUACAGUCUUAUGUCCAGCUUGGGAUUUAUUCAAAUCCUAUGUGAGGAAACCCUUAAAUAAAAUCUAGGUAAUGGGCAACCAAAAAAGUAUGGCUUCCCCCAUAAAACCUUUAGAAUAAUGAAGAUGAUUGAUUUCUUGUAUAGCCCUUGUCUCCAUGCUAUUCUAGCAUGGUCACAGCGCUCUCAUGUCCUAAACUUUAUUUAAAGAAAAAACAGUCUAAAUGUUUCUUAAAGGAUUUUUAAUCAUUUUUUAUUUCCCUCAAAGACUGCUGCAAACUGUUCCAUAGUUUAGGCGCCAUAGCUUCAAAAGAGUGCACUCCAUAUGACUUCUUUUAGUGUCCAUCCACACUGGGAACUCUCAGUAGGGACUUUGAUGAAGAGUGUUGGCUCUUUAACACUUUCAUUACCACUGGUUUUGGUAUUGAUUUUUGCUGACUCAGCAAUUUAAAAUAUUUUUUAAUAAAAACAAUAUUUAAAAAAAAAAAAAAGAAGAAAUUUUUGGAAUUUUUCAUUAUCUAUCCAUUUCGCUUUUUAACUUCUCUAUAGAUUAACGAAUAAAGAAAUAUAUAGCAUUGAAAUAUGACUUCAACGUGACGUCCUUGGUAUUUCAUAAAGUUCUUUGCCUCUUUGUUAUAACGACAAUGUAUCGUCCUUGGUAAUUGAAAGUGGGUGAUUGUGCCGCUGCGUCGACAUCAUCUGUAGCGAAAGGGUUAUGGGUAUAUGUUUGGAUGGAAGUUAGAUAUAAUUGGCACUCAACAUCAUAGUGAAUCAACCAUUGAUCUAAUUAUAUGAACACAUUUAUUAAUCAGAGGGAAAAAAUCAUCAAAAUUUGAAUCAAGAAAACAUAUGCAAGUGACUUUGGCAUAACAUAAGAUAAGAUUUUGAUUUUCUAUUUUUCCCAGCUUCCCUGUGGGGAGACCCUCACAUCACCACACUAGAUGAGAGACACUACACCUUGAACGGAUGGGCUGAGUACGUCCUGUUGACAAUACCAAGUAUCAGAUUUAUGCUGCAGGUAAGUAAGAUGGACUAGACAGUUUUUAAUUUUGUUCUGAACAAAAUGAUUUGUUAAAUUGUUUUCAAAAGGUAAAAGUUUUUCAAGAAAAUGUGAGUGCCUCUGAAAUAGAAUUUUUUAAAAUUAAUUACAAAAGUUAUUUAAAACAAAAUGAAACCUUUUUUCAAAGUUUUUUUUUUACAAUUAAAUACUAUAAAUAAAAGUUUAAAAAACUAUUUUCGGAAAUUCUAAAAUUAAGCUGCCAUUGUACAAUUUGGUCACCUGAUAUGGCUCACUUAAUUCUUUGUUUCUUAUGUCUUGUCUCUUUAAUAUUUUUUUACUGAAACCAGUUCCCAAAGAUUAAAUAUCCCUUUUGUGAGCCACAUCUCACUGAAAAUAAAAGCAAUGCAUUUUUUGUUGUUCAUCUCACUGAGUUCAGGGAGUGUAUGUUUGGUUGUUCAUAGGCUAGAACCGACCGGGCAGAUGCUGCCGAUGGUACCAUCACUAACGCCACAGUUUUUGUUGCCUUUGCCGUCAGAGAUGGAAAUGACGGUAAACUGCAGGUGGAGUUGUCCCAUAAGAGAACUUGUGAGUAUCUGAGUCGCUAAAUCUUUAUGUUGUCGGGUGGUUAAUCAAAAUAGACGUGAUUUUAAGAUUUAAUUUGAGAUUACAAUUAGCACGUGGUUGCUGUGUGAUAACAUGAUGUCGCCACUGUUUAAAAAAAAUGAUACUGAAAUACCAGAAGACUCAACCAUGAGCUUUCAAAUAGGAGGUGCCAUUUUAUAAUAUGUCAAACUUGAAAGAUCAUGCUGAAAAAUACUUGAAAUACUAGUUAAGUAACCUCUCACAUCUUUAUAGUUUCUAAAAGGGGCAGAUAACCUGGGUUUUGUAACCUAAAUAUAACCUUAUGUUUUAUUUUCUAACUUUCUAUUCAUUUCAUGUGAAUGGUGUACAUAUUUAUGUUCAUUGAUAAAUGGAUGCAGAGGUCUAUGGGGUUUGGUUUGGUCAUGGAAUUUCAUUCAGUUGCUCAUGUAUAUGGUUGGAAGAUGCGCCACUAAGUUAACAUUUGGUAUACAGCUUCUAAGUUAACAUUUGGUGUCAGUAAGUUAACAUUUGAUAUACAGCUGUUGAGUUAACAUUUGGUGCCACUAAGUAUGUACAGCUACUAAGUUAACAUUUGAUAUACAGCUGUUGAGUUAACAUUUGGUGCCACUAAGUAUGUACAGCUACUAAGUUAACAUUUUAUGCUGCCAAGUUAACAUUUUGUGCGAAUAACUUUUGGUAUACAGAUUAUUCUGAAAGAAAACGAUGGAGUGGAUAAAUAGCAUAUUCAAAUACAUGUGGAAAGUUGGAUCAUCAAACAAAAAUAAAUUACUAUUUUAAUUCCAUUUCAUUAGAGAACAUUAAGCAAUAUUUAAGUCAUUUGUAGAAAAAAAAAUCUGUCACUCUCUCCGCCUCUUAUCAUAAUUAAUACAGAAUGUUGUUACUUAAAACAUUUUUCAUUACAUUUUGUUGUUCCACUAUUACCUCCCCAGCUAUGGUGAUAUUUUCUGACGGCGUCGACAUCACCACUGAAUUUUAUGCUGCUGAAAACUACUCAAAGUCUCUGGAGAACUUCACCGUUGUGAGGGAAGAGAGUAGCGGCAAAACAAAUUUGGUUGCCAAUUUUCCUUCUGGUAAGAAAGUUAUAAUUUUACUUAUGUGUCGUCAAAGGUGAAUGUUUCAAGAUCUUGGAGAUAGUGUGACACAAUUUAUCUGAUAGCACUGUAGUAAUGAAGCUUUAAUGACUACAUACAUCAAUAAUUAGUGUGUCCAGAAACAGAAGAGAAAGACUGGACCUGGAGAUCUGAUGUCAUUAAUAUUCCAACCAUGUUUAAUAAUAGAAUGGUGGACCCUUAGUUAAAAAACGACCAUUUCUACUAUGAAAUAAAAAUUAUGUUUUUAUUGCAUUGUACAUCUUCAAUUUUAGCGUAUAGAUGGGAUUAGUAUUCUUACCAAGACAUUUGAUUCAAUGUGACUUAGUUUACACAGCCUUUUGGAAAUGCUGAAAUUUUAUCUUCAUUUGCCUAUUGAGGUGUCAGCUUGAAAUUCUUCAUGGGGAUCAGAAGUCUUGAAGUCAGUGUGGAGGUUGCUAAAAGUCUUCAAGGUAAUGUUAGCGGUCUGCUGGGAAACUUCAAUGGGAAGGCAGAUGAUGACUUCAUUUUGCCUGAUGGAACAACACUGGAUGUGAACAAAAGCAAGACAGAGAGGAAUAUUCUUGAGAACUUUGGCAAACCAUGUGAGUAGGCGUGCAGACACAGGAAAGAUAUUCUGAUUUUUAGACUGUAUGACAUAGUCGGUAAGACAUAUGACAGACAUUCUGAUUUGUAGAUUGUGUGGCAUUGUCGGUAAGACAAAUGACAGACAUUCUGAUUUGUAUAUUGUAUGGCAUAGUCAGUAAGACACAUGACAGAUAUCCUGAUUGUCUAGGAAUAGGGACAACACAGGACAGAUAUUCUGAUAGUCUAGGGCAAGGAACAACAUAAGACAAACAUUCUGAUCAUCUGUGGACACCAGUCAAGCCAAUAAAUCACCUGACCUAUAGUGAGAUAAACAGGCUUACUGGCUUACAAGAAAAGUACAGCAGUCAUACACCAGUGUCCUGUUGGGACACCAACAAAAUAAAACAUUUGGAAACCAUAGUGCAGAAUGUGGUUGACUGGAAAAAUAUGGGUUGACGUGAUCAUAGGCCUGUACAUGAAGAAAGUAGAAAACGAUGAAGAACGAAUCAUGAGAAAGAAUAGGGGGAUACAGAAAAAAAUUCAGGGAGUGUAAAACAGAAAAAAAUUAAAUGCUUAUCAUAAAAAGAAUUUAUACAUUGAAUAAGGUAUCUAUAAAAAGAUUACUUAAAAUAUUUAUAGACUAAAGCUUAGCCUAAGUGUUGGUAACCAUUGCUUUCAAAAAUGCAAGCUGCUUGAAUUGCAUUGAAACCUCAUAUACUCCACUGGGUCAUCAUUUCCAUGUAUGUUUUUUUCCUUCCAGGGGAGGUCACAAUGAACAACAGCAUCUUCACUUAUCCUGCUGGGGAGGGACCAGCUAAUUACAGGCAUCCAGAGUUCAUUCCCUUUUUCAAAGAUGAAAUGAAAGAUAAUUCAUCCCUAAACACAAGCAUCUGUGGUGACAACGAUGCUUGUAUUUUCGACUACCUGGCCACAAGGGACAAAUCCUUUGCAGAGAACACGAGGUCAACAAGCGAACAGUCUGUCAAUACACAGGUGGCAUUAAGUAUGUUUUUAUAUCAAUGUCGUCACUUUCUUGUUUUUCUUUAUUAAACCUGUGAUGUAGCUGAAGGCAAGUUCUUGUCAAAGUUUGUGAUUGAUGUUAUGACGGCACUUCUCUGCCAUUUGGCUAAGAUCUACUAAAGUAGUGAAGCUUUUCCCCUCAGGUUACUAAACCUGUUUGGGUGACUCGUGAUAUGUCACUUUGUGUCUGGUCAGCGCUAGUAAUAUCGGUGCAAUAAUGAGAGAGCCGCAAAGCCAAACGAUCCACAAGGCCAGACUUUGAAGGAUUGCCCCGGUAUAGCAGUACUUCUAGGGGAUGCUCAAAAAAAGUCAUGAAGAUACAGUAUUUCAUUGAAAGAUAAAAAAUAAGUCACAUGUUUUAAUUUGAAAGUCAGAAAGUGGGUCUAGGACACAGUUUAUUGGGCAGAAUAGAACAUAAAUUAUGCUUAAGACACGUUACUUAAAUUAACAGGAUGAAAAAAAAAGGAUUCUUCUUUUGACUCAGUAAUAGUUACCUACCUGUGUCAAACUUGGUCUUGAGAGAAAAAUGUCCACCCGAGAGAUGAGACGUCUGAGGCGAACAGCUGGUAAAACAAGAAGGAACCACAUUUGGACCCAGGAUAUUUGACAAAUGGUUGGGACCGUGGCAACACCGCAACCACCCAGUGUAGGGAUCAAAAACAAAUAAACUGGUUCGCCCACCUGGUUAGAAUAAUACCUGUUAAGCAACCUGCAUUGCAAGCUUACAAUAGCAGGCACUCCUGUUUCAUGGCCAGAAGGAAGACCACGCCAUUGGUGGAUUGAUCAUGUUAGGGACACCCUGAAAGUCCAUAUUGUGAGCCUACAGCAGACCUCACACCUUGCGACCAUCCCAAGUGUACCUUCCUGCUAAACGCGGACGGGAGAAGCAUUUAUACAAUUUGUCUUAACAUUUUUUUUCAGCCCAAAAUUUUUUAUGUUACUCUUAACAUUAUAAGCGCUUUCUCCAAAUAUUUUUAUAAACUUUUUUUUUCCUUCACACCAUAGCCAAACGAACUUUGCAGAGCAGCUUCACAUAUAGCUCCAUAUUAAGAACUUGAAAUACUUCCUCAUUCAAUUCUAUUCCCCUUCCCCCCCCCCCCCCCUCCAUUUAAACCUGAUCAAUGUCCCAAACUAGAAAGUGUAAAGUGAGCAUUGUAAAUUCUCAUAUUCCUUUUAUUAUAACUCUUUUUAUCAAGGCAAGUUAUAGUGUGAAUUUAUUGUAUUUUUGUCAGCUAAUCCAUGAAACUAUGGGGGGGAAAAGCUGUGUUCUUUAUUUUUGUAACCUACACACUCUCUUUUUGUAUGUUUUUUAACAUAUUUUCUUUCCUUUUUUCUCAAGAAAAUCAAUUGCCAACCAUAAGAAUCCCAUCUGGCCUUAACAACAACAGCCAAUGGGAGGUGACCGCUGGUCAGCCAGCAUCAAUCACAGUGCAGGCCGAGGAUGCCGAUGGGGAUGCCGUCACUUACCUCCUCGUCAGUAAAUCAGACAACGUUACCAUAACAACCAAUGGAACAGUUCACUACCAUUAUCCUGAUCCGACUAAACCUGUGGAGAUCAUGUACGAUUGCUUUAUCUCCCUGUCUCCUUUUAAUAAGAUUGCUUUUAGUACCUAAUUUCCCUUGAUGUAACCCAGGCCAUCCAGAGUUACUUUUUCUGUUGGCCAUACUCUCCAAACCCACUCACGCAGCUGUCUCCAUUUAAACAACUUUUGUGUCUUGUUAUCUUCCUUCUUUAUAACAGCCUUGUUUACCUAUGUGAAGACUUUGCCUAGAUUUAGCCUUCAUGUUAAAAAAACUCUUCAAUAACUUGCCCCUUCAUGAUAAAAAUUUCGUGCUCUAUUUUGGUCUUUUGAUUUCCGUGUGUAUAAUGUCAAGUAUAAUCUUUUGUAUGAUGACAAUUAUCAUCUUGUGUAUAAUGACAAUUACCAUCUUGUGUGUUUUUGCAUGUUAGGAAUUUAAAUUGUAACUCAUUUAUUGUACCCAUUAAACAAAUUUUUUAAAAAAAUCAUAAAUGAGAUGUAGAAAAUUACUUAUUUUGUAAUAAAUGGAUCACCAUCCUAACCUCAAUCAAGCAUGCACAAAUUUAUUUUUUUCUCUAUAAGGAAUUUAAGACCAUCCCCAAUCAAUAACCCAAUAAACCGUGUGCAACUUAUGAAAAAUUAUAAAAGUUAUGGAAGCUGUAUCAUUACUGUAAAAGUGUUUUAAAAUUAUAAAAGUACUUGUAUUCAUUUAUUUUUCUUCAGCAUGCUUCUUUAUUCAAGUCUAAGAUUUAUACUAAAAACAGAUUUAAAGAAAAAGUAACAUAACUUAAUUAUUCAUUUCAGUGUGCAGGUGAAGGAUUCUAAAGGCGGUUUUUCCAAUGUAUUACCAAUAUCAUUGUUGGUGUGCCCAGACUGUAGUGGACAUGGACAUUGUGACAAUGAAACAGUGAUUGCUCAUUCUGCUGUAGGAUAUAAUUUUGGCGUUCAUCCCUGCAAGUGUUUGCCUGCAUAUACAGGUAAUUAAAGGAAGAAUGUAAUAUUGUGACAAGUGAUUUCUUAAGUAAAAAAAAAAAGGUCCAGUUACUGACAUCUUGUUAAUCUUUUAGGGACCAUCCAUAAGGAUGUCACACAUUGGGAAUGACAGGGAGGGGGAGCUAGUGGUGGUCAGUUACUCACAUCUUGUUAAUCUUUUAGGGACCAUCCAUAAGGAUGUCACACAUUGGGAAUGACGGGGAGGGGGGGGGAGCUGGUGGUGGUCAGUUACUCACAUCUUGUUAAUCUUUUAAGGACCAUCCAUAAGGAUGUCACACAUUGGGAAUGACGGGGAGGGGGGGGGGGAGCUGGGGGGGGUCAUUAUUUUUUUGAUGAUCAAUUGAAGGGUGUCUAAACUGUCUGACAAAAUUGUGAUGAGGACAUCAUUAAUGGAUGGGCUAUUUCAUCUUGUUAAUCUUUUAGGGACCAUCCAUAAGGAUGUCACACAUUGGGAAUGACGGGGAGGGGGGGGAGCUGGUGGUGGUCAGUUACUCACAUCUUGUUAAUCUUUUAAGGACCAUCCAUAAGGAUGUCACACAUUGGGAAUGACGGGGAGGGGGGGGGGGAGCUGGUGGUGGUCAUUAUUUUUUUGAUGAUCAAUUGAAGGGUGUCUAAACUGUCUGACAAAAUUGUGAUGAGGACAUCAUUUAUGGAUGGGCUAUUAUGGAUACCCCUUUAUGGGUGGUCCCUUAUGGAUGCACCUUAUGGAUACCCCUCUAUGGAUGGUCCUUGACAUAAAAAUGAUCUAUCCCAUAAAUUGAUUGUCUCCUUCCAACUUGGGAACAUUUUGUUUUUCUUGUGUGCAUCAUCUUUAGGCUCCAAUUGUGAAGAAGAUUUUGACGGCUGCAGUGACAGUCCUUGCGCCAAGCAACAAAACUGCACGGAUAUGACUGCAACAGAACAAUGGGACAACCCUAUUGGAUACAAAUGUGGGCCUUGCCCAGCUGGAUUUGAAGCUAAACUUAUUGAGGAAGUCAACUUCUGUACAGGUGCUGGUUUGUGUUUAAUUGUUCAGUAAAUGCAACUUGUGAAAGAUGGGAAUAUUUUAUUCAAUAAAAAAAAAAUUGGUUAGAUAAAUAGGUUACUGCUGUUUCAUGGCAUAUAUUAUAAUUUGCAAUCAAACAAUGUGAAAAGGUACCUAACAUGUUUAAUGACUCAUUUCUUUCACCAAGUUUUGUGAUAUUUUAGAAAGUCAUGCAGCCUAUAUAUGUAAUAAUAGAUUUAUCAAAAAGUUAUACAGCAUAUGUAUUUAAUAAUAGAUUUAUCAAAAGGUUAUACAGCUUAAUGUAUGUAAUAAUAGAUUUAUCAAAAAGUCACACAGCUUAUCUAUUAAAAUAACAUAGAUUAUCAAAAUAUCACACAGCAUAUGUCUGUAAUAAUAGAUUUAUCAGCAACAGCCAUAUUCUCAGUUUGAAUAUUGCAUCUAGUUGUUUGUUAUUGGUGUCUGUUCAAUUAAGGUCAUGAAGAAUGUUAACUUCACUGUUAAUGACUUAGUCAUGUUUCCUGCUCAAACUUAUCAUCUCCAUUAAAUUAAUGCGUCAAACCUACAUUCCUGAUCUGUUUUGUUUCACAUAAAAGAAUUUUUUGGAAUAAAAAAAAAGACACUUGAGUAUAUUAUUAUAAAAUCACUCACUGGCAUUUGAAAAUAAUGUGUGCAUUUGUCGUCAUCAGACAUCAAUGAAUGCAGCAAUAGCAGCACUUGUGAUCACAACUGUACCAACACAGUGGGCUCUUUCGUCUGCUUCUGUCACACAGGUUACAGACUUAAUUCUACUGACCAGAAAUCAUGCAUAGGUAAGACAUUAUUUCUUAUGAUUUUUUUCUCAGGGCUGCCAAUUAUAAUUUUAAAAUAGAGAUCAAUUGUAUUAAAGUCGUCAGCACAUCACUAAUAUUUCUACUUUUUAAUUUCAUGCCCAAUUUUUUUAAAAAUCUAACCCCAGGCCAUUUAUUGAUUGGCUUGCUAAUUUUUUUUUUUAGAUCAUUUGAUGGAUAGAAGAUUUGCCCUGUAACUCAUAGUUUGAAUUAAAGGCUAACGACUGUUCUUUUCCUAGAGAUCAACGAAUGUGUUGAGCAAACUCACAAUUGUGAACAGAGGUGCAACAAUACACCUGGUGGAUACUCAUGCAGCUGCUUUGCUGGCUACAAAUUGGUUGAUGGGAACUGUACACAAGGUAGGAAGUUUUACAUUUUAUUCUUAAGCAUAGGAUGGGAACUGUACACAAGGUAGGAAGUUGUACAUUUUAUUCUUAAGCAUAGGAUGGGAACUGUACACAAGGUAGGAAGUUUUACAUUUUAUUCUUAAGCAUAGGAUGGGAACUGUACACAAGGUAGGAAGUUGUACAUUUUAUUCUUAAGCAUAGGACGGGAACUGUACACAAGGUAGGAAGUUUUACAUUUUAUUCUUAAGCAUAGGAUGGGAACUGUACACAAGGUAGGAAGUUUUACAUUUUAUUCUUAAGCAUAGGACGGGAACUGUACACAAGGUAGGAAGUUGUACAUUUUAUUCUUAAGCAUAGGAUGAGAAUUUUUUUGUUGGGGGGGGGGGGGUGGGGGGGGGGGUUGAGGUUUGGGUAAUAAAAAAAAACAAAAUUUUAUAAAAUAUAAAAAAUAAAUUUUAACCUCAACCAUUGGUCGCUUAAAAUAGUUCUGAAACGUAAAAUGAUUUUAUUUUUGAAAAUUAAUAUGUGUAACAGCUGUGUUAUAGAACUGCAGUGCAUUAUUUUUUUUCUUAUUUAAAUAGUAAGAAAUAUAACAAAUUGAUCUAUAGGCUAUAAUAUAUUUUGAAAACGUCAUCAAAAGUUCUGACAUAAUUUUCUGAGUUCUUUAUCUACUGUUUUACAGAAGAAACAAAUGAAGAAAAAUGUAAAAGUCUUAACUGCUCCCAGCUUUGUCUAGUAGAAAAAGAUGUGGCUUCCUGCACGUGCAAAUCUGGAUAUAGUCUGAACGCAGAUAACAAAACAUGUUCAAGUAAAUGACCCAUAUGGACGAAUAACAUUCUACAAAUAACUCAUUCAUUUAUUUAUUAAUGCUUGCAAUCUAUCAACAAAAAAAUAAUAAUUUUAUCAUGAUUUUCAAAAUCUUUUUGAAAUUGUCAUGGAAAUUAGAAAGUGAAAAAUAAUUCAAUAUCCUUCAUUGUCAAAGCCUGCUAAUUUUUUAAUACACUGACCCAUAUAUCAUGCUCAUUAGACUUGUAUUAUUUUUCUUCUCUUACAGUUAUACCUAGUUUUCAUUUCCAUUGACUUAUCUUUUUGAGACUUCUUCUCCAAUAAGUCCAUGGACUUUUUUUGUGUGUUUUUGGUCCCUUCCGUUCUUUCAACAAUAUCAAAGUAAACAGAAACUAAUCUGUGCAUUGAGUUGCAUUAUUAUUACAUUAAACAUUUCAGAUGUUGAUGAAUGCCAGCUGGAUAAGAGGCCGUGCAGUCAAAACUGUACGGACAAUGACGGAGGUUUUACAUGUUCUUGUUCUGCUGGGUUUUAUUUGGCGGGGGACAAAACUUCAUGUACACGUGAGUUCAUGUGUACCCCAUUAAUGAAAACUUUGUACUGAAAUGAUAUCAGAAGAGGAUGUCACAAGUCAGUAUCAUUAGGACUGAUGUUAUUUUAAGGGGAAACUGUAGAGAAUUCAUUAGCUAUUUCACAUUUAAUUUUAUCAGCUUUUAAUAUUUCUUUGGUUUUUAAUCAACGAUUAUUUGAACUGAAGUUUUAAUUUAGCUGAGAAAUAUUUUCUAUUUUCAUUGAUUCAUUCUUUCCUGAGAAACAUGAGAAAGAAUGAGAUAAGAACACAGUUUGUUUUUUUCAGUUUAGUGCAUAGCUAAUUAUUUGUUAACAUUCUUCUAAUAAAAACAAAUAAGGAUGAUAUUUUAAAACAAUUUCAUUAUAGUGGCAUGUUCACAAAGGAUUUAUUUUUCAAACGUUCUUUAUUUAUUUUGACAGCCUGCGACAAGUCCCUGUGGGGUGACAACUGCAGCAACCGGUGUCAGUGCAAUGGGCGGGGAUCUUGUGACCCAGCACACGGCUGCCGGUGCAAUCCAGGAUGGGAGGGAGACGACUGUAACUCAGACAUUGAUGAGUGCAAACGGCAAAACAACAGCUGCUCGGUGAAUGAACUGUGUGUCAAUACUGAGGGUGGCUUCUCUUGCCAGUGUCAUCCUGGUAGUGAAAGGAAAAAUGAAGUGUGCACAGGUAAAUGAUUAUAUAUAAAAUAGGAAAAUAUUUAUAAUUGUUUCAAUUACAUUUCCCUUAUUUUAAUUUCAUAUGCUCAACUUUUCCUCCAAGCUACCCACAUUUAGAAAAUUUAUCUUUUUGCUUUCUAGAUCUUUCUUUUCAAUUUUAAACUGCUUUUUGCUAGAGUCAUAAACAUUUGUGUUUAGUUCAAUGCUUUUCCCUGUAGAGACUCUUCCUUGAUUAAUUAUGCUUAUAUUUCCAUAGCCCUUUAAAAAGUAAAUUUUUUAACAAAUUUGUUUACACCACAAUUAUUAUAAAAUAAAUGAAUUUUUAGGGUUCUAUUUCAAUAAAUCUAAUUAAUUUAGACACUUAACAAAUCUACCUAUUUAUUGUCAAAAUACAAGUAUUGAUAAUAUUAAAUUACCUGUGAAUCCAUUAAUUGGCUAUGUUUUGGAAUCAAAGAAAUAACUGUUUUGUGUACAUUACUUUUUACAGUAGACUAAAACAAUUUCUCUCUUCUUGUUAAUAUGUACAUGUUUUUAAUAAUUGUAAAGCGCUUAGAGCUUUAAGGUAAGCGUAUAUAAAAAUGCCUAAAUAAAUAAAUAAAUAACCAAUGUGAUAUCUCCUUGCCUCUCUGCAGAUAUUGAUGAAUGUUUGGCCAUCUCAUCCCACCGCUGUGACCUUACUCUUGAGAAUUGCAUUAAUACCAAUGGCAGUUACAGAUGUGAAUGCAAGAAAGGAUUUGCCAGAAAGAGCGCUAGUACUUGCCAUGGUCAGUUUUGAUUGGGUUUUCUUACUUAUUACUAUUUAUGAACUCAUGGAUGGAGAAUAAACUCUAGUCUCCUUUAAUGAAAACAUGGUUAAACUUAAUGUUAAACUUAAACACACAGUUGCAAGCCAAUUCUUAGCAUUUUAAUAAUAUAAGUGCUUUCAUGUUUCAUUAUUUUAUAUUGCAUACUUUAUUUGAUAAAACUGAUAACUUAAUUUGACACUAUGUAAACUUUCAUUACUAAAUAUAUAAAACAAAAAACCAAAAAAAAAAAAAAAAGCUAGAGAAAUAUAUGGAUAAUCUAACCAGCGUAUCCCAAAACUCAUUUAUGUAGCCAAGGUUCCGUUAAUGCAUAUGGAACAAUCAAAAGUCAUUCAAAGUUAAAAUUAAUACGCUUGCCUUUUGCUUCAUUUAGAUAUUGAUGAGUGCCAACUGGGGUUAGCUGCGUGUCAACACACGUGUGUCAACACUGUGGGUAGCUAUAACUGCAGGUGUCAUAAUGGGUUUGUACUGUCCGAUGACAGACGGGAGUGUAUUCAAGGUAAGUUAACAUAGCUGUAUAUUUUUUAUUAUGUUUUUUAUAAUUGUCCAGUAAAAGGGAUUCCAGAGUAUAUAAAAAAGAUAAGAAAAUGCUUCCGUCGUUUGUUUAUGAAGUAGUUCAUUAAGUUUAUGAUAAUUUAAUGAAAGAUAAUCUUAGGACUUUCUUUUAGAUUCUUAUAAAUAACUGAAUCUUUAAUUAUGUUAAACCUAACUCCCAAGCUGACUAAGACACGACAUAUAACUUAUUAUUUAUUAAUAUUGAACGCGGCAAGGAAGUUGAUUUUUUUUUGUACAAUGAAAAAUAUCAACAAACUUAUUUUCAUUAUAAGAAAACUAUAACACUAAAUUUCUCUCUCAUCCAUUUGUUGGUUAAUAGAUUAGUUAACACAGCCUAUCUGAAUCUGUCUAGUAACAAGGUGAUUUAGUUUUUAAUUUUAGCUAACUCAAUUUUGGCAUUUCUCCAGAUAAAAAUGUCUGUGGAAGUCCUGAUCAUUUGAACUGCAGUCAUGGAUGCACAGUGGAAGACAAAACACCCAAGUGUUUUUGUAACUUUGGCUACCAGCUUGGCAAGGAUAAUAAAACUUGUGAAGGUAAAGCUUUUCAUUCUCUGCAUNUUUAAUAAUAUAAGUGUUUUUAUGUUUCAUUAUUUUAUAUUGCAAACUUUAUUUUAUAAAACUGAUAACUUAAUUUGACACUAAGUAAACUUUCAUUACUAAAAAUAUAAAACAAAAAACCAAAAAAAAAAAAAAAGCUAGAGAAAUAUAUGGAUAAUCUAACCAGCGUAUCCCAAAACUCAUUUAUGUAGCCAAGGUUCCGUUAAUGCAUAUGGAACAAUCAAAAGUCAUUCAAAGUUAAAAUUAAUACGCUUGCCUUUUGCUUCAUUUAGAUAUUGAUGAGUGCCAACUGGGGUUAGCUGCGUGUCAACACACGUGUGUCAACACUGUGGGUAGCUAUAACUGCAGGUGUCAUAAUGGGUUUGUACUGUCCGAUGA